UAUAACCUAGAUAUAGAUAUUGAAGUAAACAACCCGUAUUUGUAUUUUUUUAUUCUAUGCCGUGAUAUUUUAAUAUCUCAUAAGAUAAAGAAAUAAAUUACUUACACCUUUUGUGCAUGGGAUGGGAACUUGUAUAUCUAAUCUACUUGGAAAAGUGCUAUAAGCAUGUGUGCAUGGGCUAAUGUUGAUAGACCAGAAGCGGUCAAUUUUGCAGAUAUUGUGUCAGAAGAAAUAUCAAGAUAUUUGCAAGCAAAAAAAGAAAAUUCAAUUAUAGAUGUAUCUAAAGAUGGAUGGAUAUGGGUCAAUAGUCAUGAGUGUGAUGCACCAAAAUGUAUAGAGGAGAAUAUUAAUGGAACGUCAACAUUGUCUGACAGCAAUAAUGAAAAAAAUUCUUUAAUUACUGAUUCUGAAAAUGAUCUAGAGAAAAAUGAAAUAAAAUAUGUCCGAGACAGAGAUUCUUGUGACAUAUUUGAUUUGUUAGAGAGUGAAUUGACACUUAAUUCUAAAGACUUGUGUGCUGAUAAGUUGCAAAGUUCCGAGGAGGUAAUAAAUAAAUAUGAUAUUGUUCUGAGAGGAAAAAAGGAUGACUCCAAACUAUCUUCAUCCUUCUAUAAUUUUCGAACUGAAGAUGGCAAAGUGUUGGAUUUCAAAUCAUCAUAUAGAUUUUUUAAUAGAUUAAAAAUACAGAUUCCAGAGCAUGAACUUAUCAGCGCUGAAUUUCGUAAUCGAUAUAAAGAGGAUGUACGUGUUAUGGAUCCUUACACUCACAUUUUACUUUAUAACAUGGUUGUCAGCAGGUUAUUAAAAAGUGUUGAUUGUGUAAUAAAUGCAAGUACAGAAGGUGUAAUACUUCUCGGUACCUUGGACCCAUCUUAUCAGCAUGCCACAAAGAACUGGCCCAAAAGAUGUGCGAUCAAAGUUUUCAAAAGAGUUUCUAAAUGCCAACAGGGUCUAUGUUAUCUAUAUAAAGAAGGGUUAGUAAAUGAAGCUAAAACAGUCCAGUGGUGGGCACAAAAAUCAAUGGACAAUCUGGUACGCGUAAGGCAAGUAGGAAUUUCUUGCCCGGAAGUUAUAAAAUUAAAAAGGCAUAUUCUCGUUAUGUCUUACAUUGGGACAGAUAAAAAACCUGCUUUUAAACUGAAAUAUGCUGCAUUGUACUAUCCUGAUUUCGUCAAGGCUUAUGAACAGGUAAAGAAUGCAAUGAAGAUACUGUAUCAGAAAGCAAACUUGAUUCAUGGUGAUAUGUCGGAACAUAAUAUUCUCUGGCAUGACGGGCAGUGUCACUUUAUAGAUUUCAGUCAUUCUGUCAGUCCCAGUCAUGACUAUGGUUUUUAUUUUCUUCAUUGUGAUUGUGUUAAUAUAACAAAUUUCUUUGAGAAGCACAUUCCUGACAUAGAGUCGGCAGAAGAACUUUUUAUAGACAUCACUGGCUUCUUCUAUGGUGACAAGCUUCUUCUACAGAAAAUGCAACAGUUGUACAAAAAGAAUCCUAACAUUCUGCAUAGUCCUACCAAAGAGCUCACUGAUGGAUUUGACAAGACAGAUGGAAUACUACUUGAAGAUAAAAUAGAAGAAUAAGUUUCGGAUAUGGACUGAAUUUGGUUAAAUUACCCAGAAAUUAACAACUUAUGAUCAUGUAGUGGGAAUAACUGGAUUAAUAAUGCAAAUAUAAUUUUGAAAUUUCUUUAUUAAAAAUUGGUUUAUUUAACUUAAUUCAAUUGAAGUUCUUUCUAGUCAUAAAAGCAGAAUUAUGAACAAGGACUGUAUGUAUUUGUAUUUAUGUAUGUAUUUUUAAUUACUUUUAACUUACCUUUGUUAUGGAAAUGCUAAAUAAAUGUUUAUUUUUUUUUAAA